UAGUUUCCCCAUAGAUACGCAGGAACCAACGUCAUACCUUUCAACACCGAAAAUAUUUCACAAGCUAUUUUAUAUUUUAUUUUAACAAUGGAAAAGGCCAGAACAACCAAGACCUCAUUGGGGCGCGCCUCGCGAAUGUCGAAGCAGAAAUCUUCAUCAUCCACAACCAGCGUCAAGAGCUCCAUCGUGGACACCUUGGUGCGGCCGAAGCCACCUAGGGUCUUCCUCUAUAUCCAGCUGAACGAAAUUAGCGUGCUGCCGGAGUCCAAGCAUCCGCUGGAGCUGCACUUGUACCACGCCAAGAACACGCUGCAGAAGAUGCAGGAGCGGUACACCACGGAGACGAUUAUAUACCAGCACGAGUUCGGCAUCCAGAAGCCCGUCUUUGCCAUGGGUGUGAUGCAGGACGACAUCGAGGAUAUGAACGUGUUCAGCGAUAGUCCCUUGGUGAUAACCCUUUACCAGCGGGUGCCCAGGCUCAGGAAGAGCGCAGUGAAGAAGUUGCCGAUGCAGACCGAUGGCUCGAUUGGGACAGCAGAACUAGAUUUGAUCGGAGACUACAUGGACACGGCAUUACCCGUACCCCGUAGACGGUCGUCCUGACGAGUUGACUUGGGACGAGGCUGAUCUGAGGAGGGAGGCUUUACGGAGGCGCACUUAGAGUUGCUCUCCCGCGGUCACUGUGAUCUGCUGCAGCUGUUUCAGCGGCGCCGCUUUAUCAGCGAUAUCAGCGUCUAUCUAUAUCCGGAGCUGCAAGGCGCACCCGGCGGCAAGACGACCACCUGCACCAUAUGGCACAUGUACUCCAUCCUGCCCAUCCUCAAGGAGUUCAAUUUCACCAACCUGGCAUUCGUUACGCUCGAGUCCAUCUACAAUGUGCCCGAGGAACUGCACAAGCAGGCCUCCGAGCUGGGCCUCAGCAUAUCCUUCCGGUCGCGAGAGCCCGACGAGAGGGGCGUGCACCAGGUGGUACCGUUCUGCACUUUCUACGGGUUCGGGUCGGAGGUCAUCAGCGACCAGAACACGAGCAUUGUGUGGGAGAACAUCAAGCGGGAUAUCAAUCCCUUCCAGAACUUCAGCUACAAUCAAAUGGACACCAAUAUUCGCGUUAAGCUGCCGCGCGUUUUCCGGCUGCUGCUUUGGGAAAAGGAUGUCGACUUUAGGAGCAAUGCGAUCGAUAUUUUCUCGGACCUGGCUCUCAUCAACAACUCCAUGCACCGCUACGUCCUCAACGAACAGAUGCGCCACAUCCUUGAGGCCGCUGUCGUUCACAAUAGCUACGAAUUGGUGCUCCAGCUGUACCAGGAGACCCCUUCUAAUGUGCUGUACGAGGGUGUGAUUAAUCCCAGCAUCUUUGGCUAUCCAGACGUCAACUAUUGCCGCUUUGCCAGCACUCUGAAACCCUUUUCGAGGGAAUCUAAGAGGCAAUCAUUAAAGCGGAGUUCCGAAGAUAUGGGUCCCAUGUUUUCCACCGUCAAGAUCUGCUUCUUCCAGUCAAUUGCUCAGCGCAACGAGAACCUGGACAAGUACAACGAGAACCUACUCAAGAGGGCCAAGCUGCUGCGCUGCUUCGACAACACGUUCCUGAACGAGGCCGAGGAUGAUGAGAAUCUGAUACUGGAACUAUAUCGCUCCUUUGACGAUCUGAUAUCGGACAUGAUUGCGUUCAUUGUGAAGCGGGACUUGAAGAACGUCGUGGAGGGGCACGACUACUUCUGCUGUCAGCUGGCGAACCUCAACAAUCUGAUGCUCAAAAUUUGCGGCUGUGACUUCAACAUUCGCAUGCCAACCAAGACGAACAUUGAGUUCAGGGAGAUGCUGACCCACAUGUACAAGGAGCUAAUGGAGCGCAUCGAGAAGAUUCUGACCGCCUGCAGCUGGGAGAGUGUCUGCAAUUGUGUGGUGAACUUUGAGUACGAGCAGCUGCACAUGAUGCACCUGAUGGAGGAGCUGCGUCUCAUGUGCCUCAUUGGGGAGACGACCCUGGCCGGGCAGAUCUUCGAAGACCUCAGGGACAACAACUCCCACCAGCUGCUCUUCAAUUUCUACAACUUCCUGAACAACCUGGAGAACUCAAAGUUCAAACAGGCCUCAAGGUACUUUAAGAACCCCACUGGCGGCGGCUGGGUUGGGGAAUACUUUCCUUCCCUGGGCAAGCUGUACAUUGACUACAUGCUGGAUCUGAAAGCGGAGGACGAGGAGUCGACUGGGCAGGCGUAUGCCAGCAUGAUCGAGAGUCUGCGGGUAUUCGUGAGCAAGAACAGCCUGGAUCUGGACGCAUGUGUCCUGCUGUACUGCUACUACAAGAGGCACGACUACUUGCCGGGCAUGGAGUUUACCCGCUUGCGGUUCGAGAAUCUCUAUUCAGUGCCGCGAAAGAAUCUCGCCGGCAUUCCGGUGCCGCUCUUCGAGCUCUUCCUGCCCGAGGAGUUUGAGAUGAGCAGAUCCAGUACCAUGAUGAACCUGAAGUUCUAUCCGGUCUUCACGACGUUUGCUCGGAUGGGCGCCUAUGGCUUUGCCGAGAUUAUCUUCAACGAGAUCCAGUCGAGCUUCACGCCGACUGAAGUGUAUCUAGUGACGACCACGCUUAAAUUUCUGCAGGGGCCAAUAGACAACGACUUCCAGGUGCGCUUCUUUCCCACGAAUCAAACUGACACUGGAAAUUUGAUGCGCCACUAUCAGGCCCACAUCAAUGGCAAUGUGGAGUACUCGCGAGGGCGAUUCGACGAAGCCAUUGCCUUCUUUCAAGAGCUGCUAACCGUCACUGAGGAGGAGGAGCAGGAAUUCUUUAAGGUGAGCUUUAUGCGCCUCGCCCAACUGGCCUUCGAUCGGGGGGAAUAUGAGCUGGCCAACCAGGCCUACGACAUGUGUCCGCAGCACUGUAAAAAGAUGAACUUCCUGCUCAGCUAUGGCAAGGGAUUGGCCCUGUACUAUUUGAAUCGCUUGGAGGACGCCAUUGAGUAUCUGGCUCGCUGCACCGAAGUGGAAGUAUUUGUGCCCGAUGUCUGGGCUUAUUUGGCCAUCAUUAAUUUGCGCUUGAAUCGCAACAAGAGUGCCCUUGACUGCUGGAAAAUGUCCAAAAUGUACCCGGAGAUAUUCCUGCAUGAUCGAAUCUAUGCGGAGCUGGACAAGAUCAAAUAUUCGGACGUCCAUCUGUUGGUCGAUGAUGAUGGCAAUCCCGCCGAGGUGAUGGAGAAAAAGGACUUUAUUGCUCUGUAAACAAGACACCUCCUCAAAGACACUAAAUACACACAAUAUUCAACCAGUUUUCCAAGUCACCCUAGGCAGAGGUGUCCCAAGUAAACAGAGAACCCAACAACAACAACAACAUCUGUC